CAACUUCAGCAGCAGCCGAACGGAGGAAAGGGGAGAGAGAAAGAAGGAGUGAAAGAAGGUGGGCGAGAAGAACGGGAAAUACGCGCUGAAAUCCUGACACAGAUUUUUUUCACCGGAGAAGUGGAAGGAUGUAGCCCCGGAGUCAGUCACUCUGCCUGGUAUAGGAAACUGGAUUACCGCAGUUUCUGAAACCUUGUUUGUGGAUGUUGUCAAUAACUGGGAAUAACGGGGAUGGUUGUUGGAUCGUAAUCUCGCAGCAGAAUGGGGACUAACUGUAGCCUGCCUACUCAAUCUCGGACCGGCAGUUAGAAGCUAUCUGUAAGUGUGUGUGGGAUGUCGUGUCAGGGCUAGAGCCCUUCCCUCUCCCAUGAGCCUGUGUGCCCACACACACACACGGCGCCCCCACACACACACAGACACACGGCGCUGACGUUGUGAAGUGGACCCUCGGAGACAGACCGGAGCAGAACCGGAUCAAACCGGCCGGCGGGCCGGCGGGGCGGAACCUGAGGAUGUCAACAGAGGCGGAACUACAGCCAGCUGUCAGGCCCAGCGUCAGGAGAGACUCCAGGAGGAAAGGGCAGGAUCGUAGCGAGGCCGGGUUGAUCAGGCGGUUUAAGGGGGAUGGCGUUCGCUACAAGGCUAAACUCAUCGGUCUGGACGAAGUCACGGCUGCGCGGGGAGACAAACUCUGUCAAGACUCCAUGAUGAAGCUCAAGGGUAUAGCAGCAGCAGGGCGGUCUAAAGGAGUCCACAAACAGAAGGUGUCUCUAACCGUCUCCUUUGGAGGAAUCAAGAUCUUUGAUGAGAAGUCUGGGGUCCUCCAGCACCACCAUGCGGUCCAUGAGAUCUCUUACAUCGCUAAAGACAUCACGGACCACCGAGCCUUUGGCUAUGUCUGUGGGAAGGAGGGCAACCAUCGCUUCGUAGCCAUCAAGACGGCACAAUCUGCAGAGCCAGUGAUCCUGGACCUCCGAGACCUGUUCCAGCUCAUCUAUGACAUCAAACAGAGGGAGGAGAUGGAGAAGAAAGCCCAGAAAGAUAAACAGUGUGAACAGGCUGUGUACCAGACUAUUCUGGAAGAAGAUUUGGAGGAUCCGGUCUACCAGUACAUUGUGUUUGAGGCGGGACACGAGCCCAUCCGUGACCAAUCAGAAGAGAGCAUUUAUCAGGUUCCGACCAGUCAACAGAAGGAGGGGGUAUAUGACGUCCCCAAGAGACACCCAAAUGCUCAAAAUGGUCACCAACAACAACAACAACAACAACAGUCUCUGAUAGAUCUCAUGGAUAUGGACAGUGUAUGGACACCACAGAAUAUCAACCAAUUAGAGCUCUUCGGAGACAUCUCUACACUCCCGGACAUCUACUCCCCUUCGACCCCUGCCUCUCCAGACAACACCCUGGACCCCUCUCUGGGCCUGCAGCCCCCCACGGAACUCUUCACCCCCUUCAACCCCGCCUCCGUACCCUCAGGUUAUGUGACGAUGGGAGCGGUACCUCCAGGUCAGGUGUGGUCCCAGCAGGCAUUUGCUGCCCAGGCAGGUCCUCUGUUCGGGGUCCAGUCCCCCCUGGGUCAGUCCCUCCCUGUGGCCCAGGUCCUACCUGGAGGCCAGCCUCUCAUCUGGGGCCAGGCCAACCUCUUCCCUGCUACACAGCAGCAGUGGGCCGCUAUGACGGGAGCAGGUAUAUACACACAGACACAGACAUGGUUCCCUGCUACAGCCUACCUCCCAGCCCAGCCAGGGUCUCUGCCUACCAUGUUCCUCCCUGUUAAUCAACCCUGCGACAGCCUAUCAUCUGCUGGCGCUGCCUCUAACCCUGCCCCCUCAUCAGCCUCCAGUCCACAGCAUGCAGAGAGGCAGCGGCAGAAGAUGAGCAAGGAGAUGUUUAAGGACUUCCAGCUAGCAAAGCCCCCUGCCAUGCCAGCUAAGAUGGGGGACCAGCACCAAUGUCUAGCAGGGACCUCGGAGGCCUUCAGUUCCUAUUUCAGCCGCGUGGGGACCGCCACCGAUACAGACGACUGUGACGACUUUGACAUCUCUCAGCUCAACCUCACACCUGUCACCUCUACCACGCCCUCCACUAACUCACCUCCGACCCCGGCCCCCAGACAGAGUUCUCCGUCUAAAUCGUCGCCGUCUCACGUUAGUGACCACAUUGACCACAUCAGUGACCCCCCCACAGACGCCACCGACCCCCCCACAGAUGACUCGUUCGGCGAGGUGGAGGGCAGCCCCAGUCGCAGUGGAGAGGAGGAUGCGGCGUGUGGGUCUGGGUCUCCGUGUCCCAGUGAGACAGCAGGUUCUAGUCCAGCCCAGACCAGUCCACCUGCCGACAGCUAGAUAGAUGCUGGCUGGGUGCUUGGGGAAGGAUCUCUGUCUGCAGGGGAAGGAUCCUCUCUACGCCCAGGUCAACAAAGGGAAGAAAUAAAGAGACACACUGAACACUGGACUGACCAACCAACGCUGACCAACCAACCUGAUGUGUGUGUGUUACUCCUCUCAAGCAGCAGCCUGGCCUCCCCUCUAACAAGGAUGGAACACUCCAUCUACUCCCUCUACUCUCCUUUCAUUCAUUCCUUUCAUCUCUCUGUCUCUCUCUCUCUCUCCCUCCAUCAAACGUUGCUAGAGACUAUGCUGCCAAAAGGGGACGGGGCCAAGCAUUGUCUCCCUUCCUAACACACACACAGCGUUAUCAGACAUGGACAAAAUUAGUGUCUGUAGCGAGUGGAUCCUGUGGGACAAGCCAGGAAUGGUAUGCUGGGAUCCUUAUUUCUGAUUAGCCGGUUUAUUGGGAUCUGAUUGGCUGUUUGGGUGUUUCACCUUCAUGUGAGCGUCUGCUGGAUGACUAUGCAGAAACAGACUCUCUGGGAGCUGCUCACACACACACACACACGCACACACACACACACACACAGUGUUUUGCCAAAUGUCUCUUCUCAGACAGAUUCAGAGGGAAGGCUUCAGAGUGAAUGGACUCAGCGGGGCAUGGAUGUUGCCAGCCUAACCGGCACCGCCUGGCAUGGACAAACAUUGCCAAAUUACCGGGUACCCCCGCCUUCGGAUGGAUGUUGCCAAACAAACUGAUUCUGUGAUUGAACUGCUCAUUCUCUAUAAUAGCUUUUGUACAAUAUGGAUUAAAAACAGACAAAGGGAAAUUGAGUUUUUAUUUUAUAAGUCCAUCAAGACGCUCUACUGUCAGCUCUACUGGAGUUGCACAGUCACAUGGCUUUAAGAGACCUGAUCGUUGGUUUGCCAAACUAAUUUAGUAAAUAAUAAUAAUACUAACAACAACAAUGAUAAUUCUGUCUGCAGGACUUCUGUGCCAUAAAAUAGGCAGGCUUCAGUUAUGCAAUCAGAAGGUAUCAAGCAAUACCAACAUCUCCUCUGUCUGUCUGUCCAGGUUUCUGUUGCUCUCUCAACCCCUGAUGUUGUUCGGUGUAUGAUCCUAUAAGUGUCUUUCCCUAACUCAGACCUUGUCUCUACUGCAGUCUUUUAUUGAUCAAUAUCCAUGAGCCCUGUAACCUCUUACAGUCAUACCAUCAUCCCGUCUGUGCUUCAUAUAAUCUCUCAGUCUGAGGGACAGGAGCCUUACCCAUCAUCACAACUACACCAGACACUCCCUACAGCUGUCUGUCUGUCAUCGGCCCCUAACCUUGCUUGUCUCUGUCUCCAUGUCCGUCUGUCUGCCGGUCUAUCCGCCCGUCUGUCUCUGCUAGUACUACAUCAACUGUGAUGCCAAUGACUCCCUAUUUUAUGGCCAGAGUCUCUGUGUAAUUAGACCGCUCUGGACUGACACCUGAUUAAUAACGACGUUUGGACAAUAGAAGAAGAAUGUGAAGAAGAUGAGGAAGUGGACUAAAAGGGAAACAUGCUGUUUGAUUACGUAACAUUUCUAGACAUAUUUUAACCUUACCUCAGAUAACGGUUUCUUAAUGUAAAUUGACACAUUAUUUUUAUCUUUAUGAAUACAACAGCAUUCUACAGUGGAUUUUUAGAAGACUAUUAUUUUCUGUUGAUUUACGUCUCCACCAUGUAUUACUGUUCCUAUUAAACACAUCCCAAUGA